AUGCCUGUCCCAGGACCACCUUCCUCCAGCAAGUCCGGUAUUCAGACCAGCGCCGACGGGGCCGCGUACAUCCCGUCGUCCCGCCGCGCCGAUGGGACCACCAGGAAAGAAAUCCGAGUACGGCCUGGUUAUCGCCCGCCUGAAGACGUUGAGACGUACAAGAACCGGAGCGCCGAGGCGUGGAAGAACAGAACUGCAGGCACCGUCGGGGUUCCCGGCGCACACACGGAUGAAACCCCCAGCAAGAGCAAGAAUGCGAAACGCAGGGAAGCGGCGCGAAGAAAGGCCGCCGAAGAUGCCGAAGCGGGCGGGGACCAGGAAGAGGAGGCGCUCACAUCGGCCUUGAGGGCGGCGGAAAUCUCGAACUCGGACGGACGCGCCAAGGGAGGACAUGCUCCCUCCGCGACCCCAGACGCGGACUUGGACGCCGAGCAACAGAAGAAGAUCCGCAACCAGCUGAAGAAACUGCGGGCGGUACAGGAACUCAAGGACAAGAGAGCGGCGGGCGAGAAGUUGUCGCCCGAUCAGAUAAUGAAGAUUGGGAAGGAGAUGGAGUUGCGCCGGGAUCUGAGCAAGUUGGGGUAUGAUGGGCCCGAGGCACUUGUACCAGGGCAGGGGCCUGAGUCUGCACAUGAGCCUGUCCGGUCUGCGAGCGUGAGUGGUUGA